AUCCAGAUAAUCUUCAGUUCUUCCCGGCCUUUACACGGAGUAAUAAUUAGAAGUUUAGAAGCUUCGCUCUGCAGACACGCUCAACAGUCAACACAAGCUUAUUCAGUUGCGUCUUCUCCUUCUUGCUGUCCGGCAAGUCACUGAGAUACUCAACUCCGGAGCUUUAUAAUUUAGCUACACCAUCAGUAAACGAAAAAUGAAGCAAAUGUUUGGCGGCCCGGGAGAGAUCAGCGGCAUUAUACUGAGGAUGCUACAGGGCACUUUUGCCGCUAUUGCCCUCGGUAUUUUAAGCUCUGUUCCUGGAGUUUGUACCAAUACUCCCUUCUGGUAGAGCUCCUUCAAUUCUUAUGUUCCGUAUUGUUCUGGCUUUUUGAAUGAAAUGCAUGUUACGAUUACUUGUUGUGGAGUACGGAGUAUUAUUUUUUGACUUUGUGUUUAUUUGAUCAGCUUCCUACUAGUUCAACAGUGUGUUCAAAUCAUAUGGUGCUUUAUGCUUAUAUGCCUUGAUCUCAAGGUUCUGGUGUCUGGGGGGAGGCUACCCUCCCCUAUCCAUGUGAUGGUGAACCUUGCUUUUGAUUGGUGUAUAUGGAUGUUAUCUCUUGGAGCUGCAUCCUCAACCGCGUCGGUGGUUGAGUUGUUCUGGGCCAACUCCAUCUGCGAAAAGUGGCGCGAGUAUAACUGCAGACGUUACCAGGCGGCGGUUGUCAUGGCCUUUAUUGCCGUGGCAUUCCAAGCAAUCUCGGUUCAUAUCUGGAUGUGGAUUGCAGCCUCCUCCUUUUUGCCCAGGCUGCAUUAACCGUCGGCGUGCUCGGUAGUGCUCCAUUUUUAUUUGCGGCUUAUGAUUUGUUUUAUGAUUUCACCAAGUAAUAUACACCUUAGUAAUUAGUGUAUUAGAAGUAGCUUAAUUAGGAUGGUUUUGUAUAUUAAUUGUAGUUCUAUCUUGUACAAUUUUAUUGUAAUAAUAUAAAUCUUGUCUCGUCUGAGUUUCAUAUUCGAAAGU